AUGUCACCUUCCCUUAGAGAAGUCUUUAGGUCGAAGCAGACACCAGAUGGGAAAUCGAGAGUUGGAUUCUUCUCAAAGGAUUUGAAAGAUGGAAAGAAAGAAUGGGCCAAAUUGACUUUCAUGACAUUCGGUCUAAUCACGAUAUUCAUGUUCCUCUUCCUAUCCAUCUACUUUGGAUCCUACUACCUGCAAACCUCUCGAUCUACGCACUUCUCAAUCGAGGUAGUCGACCUAGACUCAAGUGCCUCUCCUUAUGGAUCAGUCGCUCAUCCCGCUAUACUCGGCCCAGCUAUCAAGACCGCCAUUCAGGAUAGUCUAUCUACGGAACCUCAUUUGGGAUGGUACGAGUCUGAUCAAUCGACUUUACAGCAAUUCAGAUUAACGUCCACGGGUCAAGGGAUCGAUCCUUAUGCAUACGCUGAGGAAAGGGUAUUGAACCAGGAUGUAUGGGGGGUCUUGAUAGUGAAUAGUAAUGCUACCAGUGGGGUAUGGAGGGGACUGACCGAAGGUUUGAUGUGGGAGCCUAGUGGAGCUAUGACGUUCCUGUAUGAAGAAGCGCGAAAUUUUUAUGCUGGUAACCAAUACGUAGCAAGAAUAGCGUCGAUGGUAAUGACUACAGGAGGGAACAGCGCAGCUACCGAAUUAGCCUCUCAGAUACUGGCUUUGGGUAAUGCCUCUGCGGUAUUGACGACUGGUGCUCAGGCUGGAGCUGUUGUCGGUCCGUUCAACUAUAAUCUCCAUAAUCUUAGACCGUUCGAUCAGCUUGCCGGUAUCGCUUCUACAACUGUCGGAACGGUCUACCUGAUCAUCUUCACCUUCUUGAUCUCUGUAACCUGGAAUAACCAAGGAUUACCUUUGAUCCAAGAUUCCUUGACUAUGAGUUCAGAAGUACUAAUUAAAUUACUAGUCCCAUUCAUAGCAUAUCUCUGGUUAUCAUUACAUUAUUCCCUCGUAUCACUAGCAUUCCUCAUUGACUUCAGUCGGAAAUUCGGUAAAGGUGGAUUUGUUGUUUACUGGAUGGCAGAUUGGAUCACAAUGUCUGCGUUGGGUUUCGUAAUGGAAACGAUGUUUUUGUGGCUGGGUCCCUUUUUCCCUUUCUUCUUGAUUUUCUGGGUAAUAUUCAAUGUCACGGUGGCAUUCUUGGAUGUUGCUGACAUGGCUACGUUCUAUCGAUAUGGAUACUUUACACCUGUAUGGAAUCUAGUGGAUAUGGCGAAAUGCGUUAUCUUCGGUACCAAGAACCAUUACGCACAGAACUUUGCCGUGAAUUUAGGCUGGUUGGUGGUUUGGAUGGCCUUGUUAGCAAUAACGGUAGUCUACCAGCGAAGGAAUAAAGAGAGGGAAAAUAUGCGGGAGAAAUGGGAAGAGAUGAAAAAAGUUGAUGAGAAAGAGAUCGCGCGAUAG